UCUGGACGGGUGGAAGCGGCGGCGGCGGCGGCCCUGGGGGCCAUGGCGCUGCCCCAGACCUGGUUGCAGCCCAGGUAUAGGAAGAAUACCUAUCUUUUCAUCUAUUAUUUAAUCCAGUUCUGUGGUCAUUCAUGGAUCCUGACAAAUAUGACAGCCAGAUUCUUUUCAUUUGGAAAAGAUUCAGUGGUUGACACUUUUUAUGCUAUUGGACUUGUGAUGCGAUUUUGCCAAUCCAUUUCCCUCUUGGAGCUGCUGCACAUAUAUGUUGGCAUUGAAUCAGACCAUCUUCUCCCCAGGUUUCUGCAGCUCACAGAGAGAAUAAUCAUCCUCUUUGUGGUCAUCACUAGUCAAGAAGAAGUCCAAGAGAAAUAUGUGGUGUGUGUUUUAUUCAUCUUUUGGAAUCUAUUGGAUAUGGUUAGGUACACCUACAGCAUGUUGUCAGUCAUAGGAAUCUCCUAUACUAUCUUGACAUGGCUCAGCCAAACACUAUGGAUGCCCAUUUAUCCUCUGUGUGUUCUUGCUGAAGCAUUUGCCAUCUAUCAGUCGUUGCCUUAUUUUGAAUCAUUUGGUACUUACUCUACCAAGCUGCCCUUUGACUUAUCCAUCUAUUUCCCAUAUGUGUUGAAAAUAUAUCUGAUGAUGCUCUUUAUAGGUAUGUAUUUUACUUACAGUCAUCUAUACUCAGAAAGAAGAGAUGUCCUCAGAGUCUUUCCCACCCAGAAGAAGAAAAUGUGA